GAUGACGUCGGCACACCGGCAAAUCCAUUUCAAGUGUACACAGCAGACGCCCACCACCAAAUCACGGAUUCGUAAUCCUUGAUCAUCUAAUUGAAUUUUGUGUAUUUCGUAUCACUUUUUCUUCAAAAAUACUAGAUUUUGCAUAAGCCACCAUCAUGCAGUCGGCUAUGUGGAAGAUCCGUGAAUUAACGGACAAAGUUACCAAUGUGGUAAUGAACUACAGUGAGGUGGAGUCCAAGGUCCGUGAAGCGACGAAUGAAGAAGCAUGGGGACCGCAUGGUUCUCUUAUGUCAGAGAUUGCCAGAGAGACAUUCACAUACGAGCAUUUUCCAGAAGUUGUCGGGAUGCUGUGGAAGAGAAUGCUCUAUGACAACAAGAAAAGUUGGAGGAGAGUUUACAAGUCAUUACUACUUCUUCAGUAUCUUAUAUUGAAUGGAUCAGAACGAGUAGUGACCAGUGCGAGGGAACAUCUGUACGAUCUCAAGGGACUAGAAUCCUACUCAUUCGCAGAUGAAUUCAACAGGGACCAAGGAUUAAAUGUGAGACAAAAAGUAAAGGAUAUAAUCCAGCUCAUUCAGGAUGACGAGAUCCUCCGAACUAAGAGAAAAGCAGCGAGGAAGUCCAAGGACAAAUAUACUGGGAUUGAGGGUUCAUAUUCAAGCCCAUCAUCAGAUUACAGUGAUCGAUACGACCGCCAGCCCAAGUCUAACUGGCUGAGGAAUAAAGAAAACGACAAAGAAUUGGACGAUGAAUGGAACAAGAAGUCGGACAGAGGGAGACAGAUGGGGAGACGAGGAGAAGAAUCGGAUGAAUCCCCGGCAGAAUAUGUAGAUGACUCUGAUGACUCCUCAACAAGGCAGCAACAACCAAAGAAUUCCAGGUUUGAAUUCCACGAUGAAGAGGAGAAGGAGGAAAGGAUAACAUCGACAACGACGACAGAGAGGAGAACGAAGAUGACCAAAAAGCGGUCAGGGAAGAGGUUAGAUCUAGGGGCUGCUGCAUCGUACGCAGCAGAGGCAACAGAAGAUUCCGUUCCUAAUACACAGAAUUCCUCAAAUGACUUAGUAACCGACCUCUUUGAUUCCGGCAUCACUGUCUCGGCAGCCCCCAUCACAAAUUCCGCUGCACCGUCAUCUCCACGCUCAGGUCAGUUUGCAGAUUUCUCAUCAGCAGCAGCGAACGAAAGCCUUGGGGACUUCAAUCCCAGAGGUGACACUCCCAGUGCCAAGCCACCUGCAGCAGCAAGCACUGAUUUUGCUGAUUUCUCAAGUUUCAAGGGCACUCCGGCUUCAGCCGCACAACCAAGUGCCGAUUCAUCGUUCGGCGACUUCCAGAAGGUCCAGGUAUCGCAGACCGUGACCCAACAGACCCAGAGCACAACCACACUACAGAGCAACCUCAGUCUCCUCAGCUUGGAUGCACCGUUGCGACCAUCAUCAGGCAGCAACGUCAUGCAGCCACAACAGCCCAUGAUGAUGCCCCAGCAGCCACUCAUGACAGCCCAGCAACCAACGCAGCAACCCAUGAUGCAGCCGCAACUCACCAGCAUGGGCAUGUUGCAACCACAGCAGUCAUUAGACUUGGAUGUGCAGCAACCGAAUAUACCGGACGCACAAGUUCACUCGCAGGCAUUGCCAAUGCAGCAGCCUCAGCCAAUGCCGAUGGGUGGAAUGCCUCCUGUCGCUAUGUCAGGGGGUGUAAUGCCCUCCGACCAACCAGCCCAGUAUAUGUACUAUUCAGGGAAUGCUUCAGUCAUAGGAGACAUGAGCCAUAUGGCCCCUAUGAUGGUACAGCCUAAUAUCAUGAUGCCUCCUAUAGGAUCAGUAAUGACUCAGCCGAUGAACCAAGGCAUGAUGGGACAGCCGGGCAUGAUGGGACAACCAAACAUGAUGGCCCAGAUGCCGAUGUCCUCGUCAGGUCAAUCAACACCUUCCAAGUCUAAGAUCUGGUCAGGUAGCAAAGUGAAUAUAAGUCUAGACUCCCUCAGCCCAGCAGAUAGGUAUAAGAAGCACUCACAACCCUCCAUGAAUCAGCUACAACAUAAAACUGGUGUGGUAAUGUCACCCGGUGGGCAACCAAACUACAUGAGCAGCACGAUUUCGCCUGCCCAGCCAUCGCCCAACCCCCAGAUGGCUGGCAUGAUGGGCGGUAUGUCCCAGAUGAACAUCGGUUCCCCCAUGGGACAACCGGCAAUGCCAAGCGGUACCAUGCAAGGCAACAUGGGUGGCAUGAGACCACAGCAGCCACCCAUGAUGAUGGGACAGGCACCGAUGGGCAUGGCCGGCAGUAUGAACCAGAUGGGCGGCGGUGGUGGCAUGGGCAUGCAAUACGGCGCCUAUGGUGCCAAGUGAGUACCGGCGCCGUGAUCACUCGAACCUUGAACUGAAAAAGUACAGCACUAUCUUCCUACAUGACAUCCGUUACUGAGCCGAGGGGAAAAACCGGUGUCCCACUCUAACCCGUCGACUACUGAACUGUGUAAUUUCCAUAGGCUUUCGUACAGGACCCACCAGGUUCCACUGGGCGACGGGUUAAGAAUCAACACUCCCUUCACGGUUGCAUCUGGCAUGUAGAAGGAAUGCCACACACGUAAUUGCUGAAACCGGAAGAUAUAGUCAGUAGUUGCACAACAUCAUACAGGUAGAACAUCAUAUAAGGUGGUAGGCAGUUGUUCAUUUUACAACACAAAUCUAGACAGUUAUGAUAUAUUUCCAUGGCUAGAUUACAGUACAUGCAAUUUUAGCCAUGGGAAAUUUCUUAUAGAUAUGAUUAUAAUAUGAAGGAAGUAGAUUGAGUUGACUACUAGGGAAUGAAUGUCAUGAUAAAUUUAAGUACAUGUGUAAAGUCCUUCAAAUUCUGAAAGUAUCAAUUGAAUUGCAUCAAGGAUUCCCCACACCAACUCAGGAAGACGUCAUUUUGUCAAUCAUGUGAGAAGAGUAGACUACUGUAUGUUAAUCCAAAGAUCGAGCGUCAAUUUCUUCCUUAUGCCCUUGGAAAUUGAUUGCUAUGAAAUAUUUGGGAAGAGUCUUCAUGUCUCGAUGUAUGUUGUGUCAAGUCUUCUGCUGGCAAUCGAAGUAAUAUGUGUAGUAGUCCAAAGUUCGUAAGUCUGGUUUUUGUCCCCGUUAAAUGGGGAUGGCCGGAUUAGUGAAAGAGAAUUCUGUUGCAAGUGUGGAAAUGUAAUGCGCUGUACGUACAGGCAUGUAAGCGUUUUUAAGUGGAUCCGUUUUAUUCUGUGGAAUUCUGUUUAAAAAGGAUAUGAAAUCAAUUGAUGUGUUAAUUACUGAAUUCUAUGAUUCUAUGAGACAUUGGACAUGUACCACCAGCUCUUUUUAUUCAGUGGCCCUUAACACAAAGCUUAGCAAUCAUCGUAGAAUAUUUUUCAACGAUUGAUUGCAUUGACUUCAUUGUAUAAUCAGUCGUGAAAAUCAAGCGUACGAUUGAUCGCUAACCUUUGUGUUACGGGACCCAGGUGUAAUUACUCUUCAAUCAGUGCCUUGUUUUGUGUGAAUCACUGUGAUGUUAUUCUCCAGGUUGUUUGCGUGAUUACUGGCAAGUUUUUAUGAAUAGAUGCAAAACAGGACCGUUCUGCUGAUAAAAAUUAUUCCAGAAGUUCCUGUUCAGAAGACAUUUCUGGGCCCUGUUUCGUAACCACUUGUUCAAAUAACAAAUACCCAAUUUCUUUACCAAGUUUACGAUCAGCCAAUCAAAUUGGAUGAUUUCAGUAGCUUUUAACUGUUAUUGCAGAUUUGUUAUUAAAACAAGUUUUGUGAAACAGCGCCCCUGGACAGUGACCACUAGAAAAUGCAUAUUCUGCAAAUCUGACAUUACAGUGACCUAAAAUGUUUGGGCAUUGAAAAAAAUAGGAAUCAUUGUUAAUCAUAAAGUGAAAAUGUUAGUAUUGUGUCCGCUGUAGGUGAAAUUUGUAAACAUUUAAACAUAAACUUAGGGUUCAGAAACAUGCAUGAAUAUUUUAAUUGAAAAGAUGUUUCUGAUGUGGCAGACCAUGAUUGAUUGCAAAGAAAAAAAAUGACAUUCCAAAAGACAAAGUUGCAAUCAUUCAUCAGGUGCACAUGAGUAUUUUGUCUUGCUUAUAAAUGAAAGUAGCAAAGAGCAAGUUAGAUACCUUCCUUCAAAUUCAGAUGGUAUAAUUUAGGGAUAAUUUAAUAGUCUUUCGAUAUUAGCAAGAAGAAAAGGAGUAUUAGAGAGAGAAGGGAGAGGAUGCUCUUAAAAAUCAGUAUUGCUGUUUUAGUUGUGUGUAUGUGUGCAUGUGGGAAAUGUUUUUAAGAAAUGCUUUUUUGUUCAGUUAUCAAUGUAGCACUUACAUAGAGGCAAAAUGCAUACUUAUCAUCAGUAUCAAUGCGUUGAUAUGCUGAUAGCUCUGAUUCCAAGUGCCAAUGUAUGUACAUGUCUGUGUACGCAAGACACUAAAAGUCAUUAUACUGUUGUUGAUAAUCUGUAUUCUGAUUUUGAAAAUGGAUCGAUCUUCUCACAUGCGACAACCUUAAACUUUCACUCCUUUUUUGUACUGAAAGAGAUUAAUCAGGUUUCUUUGCAGUCCUUAUUCACAUAUCUGUUUUGAAACAAUCGAGGGCUUCUUAUCCAAGAAGCAGGGUUUAAUUUACCCUGACCCCCCAUGCACUGUUAAAUGAUUAUGUUAGAGUGAGGAUGUUAAGAUAUGUAUGACAGG